GAACGAGUGGUGCCGCCGCAACACAACAAUCACAUCCACCAGAAAAUUACAGGAAAAUCAAAAUCCAAACUCAUUUUUUUUUUCUCCAUUACCCAGAAAUUCACUAAGCAAAAUCAUGCAUAUCUUCCGAUUCCUAACUGAAAUUCAUUAAUGGCUCUCCGUUUAUGCAAUCUCCAACCCCUCUCUGCAUUCCCACCCGCGCAAAGAAAAUUCCCCAUAAAAAUCCGUUCUUUAGUGAAUCUCCACUCCAAUCAAGAAAAACCCCGCCUUCAAUUCUUCGCCCACCCCAGCAAAAGAUUCCAUCGCAUUCCUCCAUUAAAUUCAGCUUCAGUUAAUGGGCACCCGUUAAUCAACAGCUCGAACGACGGAGCUUCCGCGGAGAGCGCGAAAGUAGAGUUGAGUGAGAAGUUGAAGAAAUGGGUGAAGUUCGUGGGACAAGUAUUCCCCGGCGGAGAGUGGUGGAGGCUUUCGACCGAAGAGGUCGAAAGCGUCUUCUCCGCGAAGCCCGUUACGGUUAUUCGGGCUUUGAGGAAAAUGUGGGAGUUGGUGGCCGAGGAUCGGUGGGUUGUGUUUUUCGCCUUUGUUGCACUCAUCAUCACAGCUGUUUCAGAGGUAUCGAUUCCACAUUAUCUGACAGCAUCAAUCUUUUCUGCGCAAAGUAGUACGAUUCCCCUGUUUCAUCAGAAUGUACGGCGUUUGGUUCUGUUGUGCAUUACUGCAGGAAUAUGCAGUGGCAUUCGAGGUUGCUUGUUUGGGGUAGCAAAUAUGAUCCUCGUCAAGCGACUGAGGGAAAAAUUAUACUCGACUCUUCUUCUUCAGGACAUAUCGUUUUUUGACUCGGAAACAGUUGGCGGUUUGACGAGUAGGCUCGGUUCAGAUUGUCAGCAAGUCUCGCGUGUGAUAGGAAACGACCUAAACCUGAUAAUGCGCAAUGUUCUUCAGGGAACAGGUGCAUUGGCUUACUUGCUGUUUUUGUCGUUGCCACUUGGACUUUGCGUAUUGGUCAUUUGCAUCUCUCUCUCUGCCAUUAUGCUGAUAUACGGACAGUAUCAAAAGAAAUCUGCCAAGUUGACUCAAGAAUUCACUGCUUCUGCUAACGAAGUUGCACAAGAGACGUUCUCUUUGAUGAGAACUGUUCGUGUAUACGGGACAGAAAAACUCGAACUUGGACGGUAUAAGCAAUGGCUGGACAAAUUAGCUGGCAUAAGCUUACGACAAAGUGCUGCUUACGGUUUCUGGAACUUCGGCUUCAACACUCUGUAUCACUCGACUCAGGUUAUUGCGGUGCUGAUAGGGGGAAUGUCGAUUCUGAGCGGUCAAAUAACAGCCGAGCAGCUUACGAAAUUUAUUUUGUAUAGCGAAUGGCUAAUCUAUUCAACUUGGUGGGUCGGAGAUAAUUUAUCGAAUUUGAUGCAAUCUAUAGGAGCUAGUGAAAAAGUCUUCCAUUUGAUCGAUCUUUCGCCCAGCGAUCAGUUCACUGCAAAAGGAUUGAAGUUGCAGAAGUUGACGGGGCGAGUUGAAUUUGUGAACGUGUCUUUUCACUAUCCUUCCAGAACAAUGGUGAGCUUUUCACUAUCGUUCGAGAACAUUUAA